AUGCGAUAUGGACAAACACCAACUUCCUUCCUCGUGAAGUACUUCCAUUGCGAUUCCGCAGAACGCAACUCUCUCCCUCGUCGCGCACCACAACGAGUAAUUGAGUGCUUCGCUUUCUUUGUUUCUGCCGUCUUUUACGAAAUGAGCGAGCAGCCCGCCCGUCCUACUGGCCGCGGCGCCAGUACUGCCCGCCGCCGGAAGGAAGCCUGGCGCUCCAGCCGUCGUCAAACUGCUGCCCGAGCUGCCGCCGCUCACGAUGCCCGCGUUGCCCAGCUAAUGACGCAGGCCAUUCAACAGCAGGUUGACCAGGAAGGUAUCCAACCCUCCGCUGCUCGUGACGCCCGUGUUGCCGAGCUCACUGUGCGGGCAAUCCAAGCACAAUUGGACGAAUUCUGUGCCCGUGGUGGCUCAGCCCGUGGUGGUCGGGGCCAUGGCCGUGGCCGUGGCCGGGGCCGAGGCCGAGGCCGUGGUGAUGUGCGGGGUGGACGUGAUCAUCGUGCUGGCCGUGGUGGCGGCGGCGGCGGCGGCUAUAAUGCUGCCCGCGAAGGCGGUCUUGGUUCCCGUGAUCGUAGAAGCGGUCACGGUGCUGUCCACAGCGCUGAAGCGCGUGGCGCCAGCCAGCAAAACCUGCCCGGACACCAAGCGGCCCGUGAGCCCGCCCCGGAUGGUGAACCCCAAUGGUGGACUAGGCCGGAGACCGGUCUGGACGAGAUGGAAGGUAAGAAUAAUUUGCUUCUCUCACCGCCCCCAUGCCUUGAUCGAUCGCGAUACUGGAAUUAUACUAACCGUCAUAUGUAUUAUAGAUGCUGA